CACUCACCCAAAUCUUCCUUCACAAACAAAAUCCCAUCACCCAAAAACAGACAACCACAUAAUAAAAAAAAGAUGGCUGCACAGUUGACUCAGGAGCAAAGGGCGCAGUACAAGGAGGUGUUUGACCUCUUCGACAAGGAUGGAACAGGUGACAUCACCGCCCAGGAGCUUGGCGAGGUGAUGAGGUCCCUGGGCCUCAACCCCAGCGACACCGAGUUGAACGACAUGGUCAACGAGGUCGACGCCGACAACAACGGCACCAUUGACUUCAACGAGUUCCUCAACUUGAUGGCGCAAAAGGUGCAGGUCGGCGAUGCCGAGGAGGAGCUCAAGAACGCUUUCAAGGUGUUUGACCGCGACGGCAGCGGCACCAUUUCGGCCGAGGAGCUGCGCCAUGUCCUCACCUCGCUCGGUGAGAACAUGACUGCGGCGGAGAUUGAUGAGAUGAUUCAAAUGGCCGACAAGGAUGGCGAUGGAUCAAUUGACUACGACGAGUUCGCCUCGAUCAUGAUGAGAGAGUAAAGAAAAGAAAAAGGGGGUUUGUGGAUUUCUUGGCGGUGAUAUCCAUCGUUCAGUAUUUUGUUUCUUUGGGUUUCCGGUCCGGUUAUGUGGGUAGAGCGAAAUCUGCCUAGUUUCUCUUUGGGCCUAUGGGAUUGGUCUCAAUAUAACGAUACUCUCACGAAGUGGGAUCUUGGAAUGAUCGAC